UCCCAAGAUGGCGGAUUAAGACUCGGGAACGCGAGGAACGCGCCUGGCAACACCUCUCGUGGGAGUUUCUCUUUUUCCCACGCGUUUUCGAUCUUGUAUGUUUGUUGAGUCGAGACUUAUAAUGUAAACAGUCUCCUGAUCUUCGGGAAACGUAGAUCUGACCCGAAAACCGUCGGCAAACCCCGCCUGUGUGUCUACGUGUAACGUUGGCGUAUUUUCCGGAUUCUUGACCGAUAGGUCACUACACGUAGCAAGUUUCUCAUAUUCAAGGUGUCUAGAACUAUUGGUUGUCUUCCCACAGUGAGUCAGCACUGGUUUCGCCUUGUCUGUGAUUUCGGGGACCUGAGAUCGAAGUGGUAUCUAGUUCCGGGUGUCCGAAUACCCCGGUUGCCCUCUAGGCCGUUUUACGAGCCCGCGCGCCGUGACUAUACCUAAUGUCUAUGAUGGCGGCCGUCCGUGUGUUUGAGCUUGUGUUUGUUCUCCUGAUGUUGGGCGGGCGGACAGACUCUGUCCAUGACGGGCCUCUCCUGCUGCUGGUCUCCUUUGACGGGUUCCGGUACGACUAUCUGGACAGGAGUCAGGAUAGGGUCCAACUGCCCAACUUCAAGUAUCUUGUCCAAACAGGUGUUCGGGCAAAAUGGGUCCACAACAGUUUCAUUACCAAAACAUUCCCCAACCACUUCACCAUAGCGACAGGCAUGUACGAAGAAAGCCACGGAAUCGUCGCCAACUCCAUGUAUGACCCAGAACUGGGGGAAAUGUUCCAUGUGAACACCUCCGAUCCAAGAUGGUGGGACGUCGGCGGUGAACCUAUUUGGAUAACCAAUCAAAAACAUUUAGGCGGUAAGAGCGGUGUUCUGAACUGGCCUGGCAUGCAAGCCCAAUUCAAUAACACCCUACCAUUCAGACAUCUUCCAGCCUACAAUAUGUCCAUUCCCUACAAGGAAAGAGUAGACACCAUGGUUGGCUGGUUCAAAGACUCGGAAGAUCCAAUCAACUUGGGAGUUUUAUACUUUGAAGAACCAGAUCAUACCGGUCACUUUGCUGGCCCAGAGUCUAAGGAGAUAGACGAAACGUUAGACAUGGUGGACAGGACAGUUGGCUAUCUCAUAGAUGAGUUGAAGGCGGCAGGGCUGUUUGAGAGAAUGAACGUGAUCAUCACAAGUGACCAUGGCAUGAUGGAGGUGUCCCAGGAAAGAGUGAUUGAGCUUGACCGCUACUUGGACCCCAGUACUUACCUGUGGGUGGACAGAACACCUGUAGCGGCCAUCUGGCCACAUGAUGAAGUGACCAGGGAGCACAUCUACACAGCGUUACACAAUGCCCACCCCAAGAUGCAUGUGUACUACAAGGAGGACAUCCCUGCCCAGUACCACUACAGACACAACAGGAGGAUCAUGCCUGUCAUCGCAGUGGCAGAUCCUGGCUGGACCAUCGCACAGAAUGCCAGCCUUAGCAGGGAGUGGAACUUGUACAAAGGUAACCAUGGUUACAACAACAGCUACCUUCCCAUGAACCCCAUCUUCGUGGCCCACGGACCAGCCUUCCGCUCCAACCUCCUGUCUGAACCCUUCAAUAAUGUGGACAUCUACCCGCUCAUGUGCCACAUCCUGGGCCUGGACCCGCACCCAAACAACGGCAGCUACCAAAAGGUGGCCCACCUUGUUAAGAAGCCGACCAGUUGGGGCCCCCCACCCUCCACACCAGAAAUCAUAGGGGUUGCAAUUGGUCUCAUCCUGGUGUUGGGUAUGUGUAUUGUUGGCUGUGGCAUCUACAUGCAGAGACUGGAGAGAAGUGAGUCUAUAAAACAGGCUCACUACACCAACCUAGGCAAGGCCCACUCGGAGGAGGAUGGGGACACAGCAGACAAGGAGCCCUUAUUGGAGGCAGAGGGGGAUGUGUAGGGAACAGUAUCAUCAAACAUCCUCAGUACGUUUUUGAAUUUGUGAUGCCUGGGCAGCCAAAGUGGAUGUAAGAUUGAAAACCUUUAUUCAUUAACUCAAAAUCAUGUCAUUUUCCAAAAUACCUUUGCUUGUUAAUGAUGCUGUUAAAAAAUGUUUGGUUACACUGAGAUCAUAUUUUACAUGUAGGUUUACCGUGCUGUGCUACACAUUUUCCAUAGAGGUGUGAGUCAAUUAAUUUUGUUGUGAGACUAGGUACUAGCCAGAUUUUUUUGUUACGACAGAAUUUGAUGUUUCCCAGUGAAGAAAACAUUUUUGUAGAUCAACCUGGUGGUGUGUAAUACAAUAUAUUUCAAACGUUUCAUAAUGGAAUGAUUUGUAUGAAUUUUAGAAAUUUCACAAUCAAAUGAAGUGUCAUUAAUUGGCAGCAAUCAAGAGUUAUUUACUGAUUAUUUUUUAUAGUUUAAUUGUAAUUGCAACAAUUAAGAAUGUACAUUUUGUAUUUUUGCCAGAGUAUUUGAAUGAAUUUGUUAACAUAUCCAAAAGAAGCUGUUUACAAGCUUAGGAUUCAACUAAUUACAUAUAAAAUGUUUCUGUAAUUUGUGUAGAAGAAUGUCUUUUUGUGCAUAGUACAAGACCAUACUGGUGCCUUCCUUCAAUGAGUUCAAUGCAUAUGGGAAAAGCAACAUUCGUACAAAAUGUGAAGAAGUAAUCAAAGUGUCAAAGAAUAUAUCAGCAGAGGGCCUAGGAAAAAUUUGUGAUUCUGGUUAGAGUCUAUCCCACCAACCCUAUCAAAAACAUUUUUUUUAGUCAACCACUAGCAAGGGGCUGUAUUAAGUUCUGUAAAUUUUAUUACCGAUAUCUUGUAUAUGUUAUGUACUAAGUAGAAUAUGAGGUUGAAAAUACCAGCAUCCUGAUGCAGAAUGUAUUAUGUAUAACGCUACUUUACCUUUAUCCGUGAGGUAACUAACCUAUAUCCGUUGUAUUAGCAAAUGGUAUUAGGAAUAUCAGUGCAAUGCGUAAUGCAUACCGUUUUUAAAAACAACAGACAUAGGUUACCCCGCAGAUAAAGGUGAAGUAGCAUUAUACAUAAUCCUGCAUCAAGAUGCUGGUAUUUUGAACACAAAUUGUUACAAUUGCAUUUAGCAGAUCACUUCAGCUGAAAUCUAAAAAGAGAAAAAAUAACCUACUGACUCAAUUUUAUUCCUGGCAGGAUAUACCAAUUUUUCCCCCUUGUUUUAAAAGCCACAACUAAAGGUUUACAGGAAUGGAACUAUAUCUGAUGACAUAGGUACCAGGUGUCACAUGUCAUCUACAUGACUGCUCAAAAGUGUCUGAUAGAAAAUUAGCAUAAUAUACAAUCAAGUGUGAAGCACUGAAAGAGAUUUUACAUAUCGCAUACAUCAAAAACUAAUAUAUCUGCUAAUGAUGUCAAUGCAGUAUCAGAUUUUCUAAACACAAGUUGCAAUUUCUUGAUGUUUCCGCAGAAAUGAUUGCUUUCAUCACCUUUCUGUUGCAAGGGAAGUUGCACCUCUUUGUUU